AAGUGAAAAAAGGGAAUGUAACCUUCUAUUACUGGAAUCGCUCCGCUGAUCACAAGGUUUUAUGCAGGUUAAAGCAGAGUGGUAUAUACAUUCGAUCCCAAAGGAUAUAUAAAGAAAGCUUUUUUCGCUAUGGCGGAGCAAACCCUUUUCAGUAAAUUGAUGAUAAAUCUCCGUGCCACUUGCAAGUACUACACUGGCUACCCGAAGGAUCUUGGGCCAUCAAAAGUUAUCCACUUUACGUCAGAGCGUGAAUUUGUCCAGCUUCUUCAUCAAGGAAAUCCUGUUGUUGUUGCAUUCACUAUCAAGAGUAACUAUACAAGACAUCUUGACAAAGUGUUGGAGGAAGCUGCUGCGGAAUUUUACCCGAAUGUAAAGUUUUUACGAGUUGAGUGCCCAAAGUACCCUGGAUUCUGCAUAACACGACAAAAGAAGGAAUAUCCUUUUAUUGAGAUAUUUCACAGUCCAGAGCAAGCAUCUAAUGAGGGCAAGGUUGCUGAUCCAAAUAUUACAAGAUACUCCGUGAAAGUCUUACCUUUCAGCUAUGAUAUCAGUACUUAUGGAUUUAGAGAGUUUUUCAAGAGGCAUGGAAUUCAAUCAUCUGGUGGCCCUCAUCAGUAAAUUCUGUCAAAUUCAGAUUAAUAUCGCUUGACAACAUCUCCUACAUCGAUGUUACAUUUUAAACUUUAAAUUAUAAAUAUUAUUCCAUUAG